GGAAGUAGAAAGAAGGGGGAAAAGGAGGAAGCGGAAGAAGAAGUUAGUAGUAGAAGAAGAAGAAGAAGAUAAGAUAAAGAGGAGGAGGAAGAAGAAAGAAGGAGGGGAAGGAGGAGGUGAAAGGAGAAUAGAAAAGGAUUCCUGCUGCUCCUCCGUCGUCUGCCCUCCCCUAUUUUCUUCCUAUCUCCCUCCCCGACGCGUCGCGGUCGCCGUCGCCGUCGCCGUCGUCGCCGUCGCCGUCGCCGUCGUCGCCGUCGCCGUCGCCGUCGCCGUCGCCGUCCUCGUCAUCCUCGUCGAUUUCGUCUCGUCGCAGCUCUUCAUCCGGUUGGCUGUCGUGCGACGACGCGUCGUACGCGCACGGUCUUUCUCUACUUUCUAGCUCGGCUAGUCGAGCUCGAGUCGAGUCGAGUCGAGUCGAAUCCGAGUCGAGUCGAGUCGAGUCGAGUCGAGUCGAGUGGAGCGAAGAGUUCGGUCUACGACGUCGUCGUCGUCGUCGUCGUCGUCGUCGUCUGGGUUGGUGGUAGUCCAGUCCAGUUCUCUUCGUCCGUCGUCGUCGUCGUCGUCGUCGUCUUCGUCUUCGUCGUCGUCGUCGUCGUCGUCGUUGUCGUCGUCGUAGUCGUCGUCGGGGCAGCAGCGGCGACAAGCGGCGGCGGCCGACAACAUCACGCGUCGUCGUCGUCGUCGUCGUCGUCGUCGUCGUUCUCCUCGUCGUCGUCGUCGUCGUCGUCGUCGUCAUCGUCGUCGUCGUCGUCGUUCUCCCUGUCCUCGCGUCCACGUCGUCUUUAACGUGACGGUGAGGUGCGCGCGCGAUCCCGUUUUUUUUUUUCUCGUCUAGGGAAUCGAACGUGCCGAUUCGUUGGCGGCAAGCACGACGGCGGUGUGCUUCGAAAUCGCGAAUAAAUGUGUCGGUCACGGUACAAGACGUGAGAAGAAGCGGGGGCCACCGGCAAGCCGAGGUUUAUUUUUAGUGGCAAGCGCCAAGCAGUAAGGCGGAGUGGUAUAAACGGCGCGCACAGUGGCCCGAUGAAGCGGCGUAUGUGACAUCAAAUUUCUCCUCUCUUGCCACCUCGAGAACGGACACCCCGAGACAUCUCGCCGUCGGACCAUCCACGCUGUUUGUCCUCCGAUUAUUUGGAGGACAGUGGAGCAGUGACGUUAGGGAUCAAUAAAAGCUGCUAGCUUAAGAGAAGAAUAUUAGAGUUGGCUUAGGCCAACCACGGUAACUAAGGCGAAAUGGCGACGAUAGAUGGACGACCAGCCCAAUAUGGCAUUACUCUUAAGCAACUUCGUGAGCUCAUGGAGCACAGAGGUCGUGAAGGUGUCAAUAAGCUCAAUAGCCAUGGUGGCGUGCAAGAGAUAUGUAAAAAGUUAUAUACUUCACCCAGCGAAGGUCUCAGUGGGUCGACAGCAGACAUUCAACAUAGGAGAGAUACAUUUGGCUCCAACAUGAUUCCUCCAAAGCCACCUAAAACAUUUUUACAAUUAGUAUGGGAAGCUUUACAAGAUGUUACUUUGAUCAUCUUGGAAAUAGCAGCUUUGGUUUCGUUAGGUCUUAGUUUUUACCAACCAGCUGACGAAGAAGAGAGUGGUUCAUCGAUAGAAGAGGAUGAAGGAAAAUAUGGUUGGAUUGAAGGACUUGCUAUAUUGAUCUCUGUCAUUGUGGUGGUGUUAGUGACGGCAUUCAAUGACUAUUCCAAAGAAAGACAGUUUAGGGGUCUUCAAAGUCGAAUCGAAGGAGAACAUAAAUUCUCUGUUAUAAGACAAGGAGAAGUCAAACAGAUUUCAGUAUCUGAUAUCGUUGUAGGUGACAUAUGUCAGAUAAAAUAUGGAGACCUGCUACCAGCAGAUGGUAUACUUAUACAAAGCAACGAUCUUAAAGUGGAUGAAUCCAGUUUAACUGGUGAAUCGGAUCAUGUAAAGAAAGGAGAAUUGUUCGAUCCUAUGGUACUUUCAGGCACUCACGUGAUGGAGGGAUCUGGAAAAAUGUUGGUAACAGCGGUAGGUGUCAACUCCCAGGCUGGUAUAAUCUUCACCUUGUUGGGUGCUGCCGUUGAUCAGCAAGAACAAGAAAUAAAGAAAAUGAAAAAAGAGGCUAAAAAGCAGCGGAAGAAGAAGUCAUUACCAGGGGACGAAGGAGCAGAAAUCACUGGGAACAGUCAUGCUGUUGGAACUGGCGGAACGGGUGGUAAACACGAGGGUGGAGAAAAUCAUCAUGGCGGAGGUGGACAAGGAGGUGGGGGAGAGUCUACUAAAAAGGAAAAGAGCGUUCUUCAAGCUAAAUUAACGAAGUUAGCGAUACAAAUUGGUUAUGCUGGCUCGACCAUAGCAGUACUCACCGUGAUCAUUCUAAUCAUUCAAUUUUGCGUCUCGACGUUCGUAAUCGAUGGAAAGCCGUGGAAGAACACUUAUGCCGGUGAUCUGGUACGGCAUUUGAUUAUCGGUGUUACUGUCCUCGUCGUUGCCGUACCCGAAGGUCUUCCUCUGGCUGUCACCUUAUCUCUUGCUUAUUCCGUCAAGAAAAUGAUGAAGGAUAACAAUUUGGUACGGCAUUUGGAUGCUUGCGAAACGAUGGGUAACGCUACCGCCAUUUGUUCGGAUAAAACCGGAACCCUGACGACCAAUCGUAUGACAGUGGUAGAAUCCUACAUAUGUGAGAAAAUGAGCAAGACGGUUCCAAGUUUUUCCGAUAUCCCGAGCCACGUUGGAAACUUAUUAAUACAAGCCAUCUCCAUUAAUUCGGCGUACACGUCCAGAAUCAUGCCCUCGCAAGACCCUUCAGAAUUGCCGAUGCAAGUCGGUAACAAAACCGAAUGUGCCUUACUUGGAUUCGUAGUGGCCCUGGGCGAAAAAUAUCAAACUGUUAGAGAUGACCACCCUGAGGAAACUUUCACGCGGGUCUAUACAUUCAAUAGCGUUAGAAAGAGCAUGUCUACUGUUAUUCCAAGGGAAGGUGGUGGAUAUAGGCUUUUCACCAAGGGCGCUUCCGAGAUCAUCAUGAAGAAAUGUGCCUUUAUCUACGGUCGCGACGGUCAUCUGGAAAAAUUCACGAGAGAGAUGCAAGAACGUCUGGUUAAGAACGUGAUAGAACCAAUGGCGUGUAACGGUCUACGUACAAUCUCAAUCGCAUAUCGCGACUUUGUACCCGGGAAGGCGGAGAUCAAUCAAGUACACUCGGAUAACGAGCCAAAUUGGGAGGACGAGGAAAAUAUCGUUAACAAUUUAACGUGUCUCGGUAUUGUCGGUAUCGAGGAUCCAGUACGUCCCGAGGUACCAGACGCAAUUAGAAAGUGCCAAAAGGCUGGUAUAACAGUGCGAAUGGUCACCGGUGACAAUAUUAAUACGGCUAGGUCGAUCGCCUUGAAGUGCGGAAUAAUAAAACCAAACGAGGACUUUCUUAUUCUCGAAGGGAAGGAAUUUAAUAGAAGGAUCAGAGACAGUAACGGUGAGGUACAGCAACAUUUAUUGGACAAAGUUUGGCCAAAGUUAAGGGUUUUGGCUAGAUCAUCGCCAACCGAUAAGUAUACAUUGGUAAAGGGUAUAAUCGAUAGCAAGGCAACGACCAGUCGUGAGGUAGUAGCCGUGACCGGUGAUGGUACGAACGAUGGUCCAGCAUUAAAGAAAGCCGAUGUUGGCUUUGCCAUGGGUAUAGCUGGUACGGACGUGGCAAAGGAAGCUUCCGACAUUAUUCUGACGGACGAUAACUUUUCUUCCAUCGUUAAGGCCGUUAUGUGGGGAAGAAACGUCUACGAUAGUAUAGCAAAAUUCUUGCAAUUUCAGUUGACCGUUAACGUCGUCGCCGUUAUCGUCGCCUUUAUCGGAGCAUGUGCCGUACAGGAUUCACCUUUAAAAGCGGUACAAAUGUUAUGGGUUAAUCUGAUUAUGGACACUUUAGCGUCCCUUGCACUUGCCACCGAAUUGCCUACGUCGGAUCUUUUACUUCGCAAACCGUACGGACGCACAAAGCCGUUAAUAUCAAGGACGAUGAUGAAAAAUAUUCUUGGUCAGGCAGUUUAUCAGUUGACUGUUAUUUUUAUGCUUCUUUUCGUUGGUGACAAGAUGCUAGAUAUCGAUACUGGCCGAGGAGUUGCGGCUAAAGGUGGCGGACCCACUCAACAUUUCACCGUCAUCUUUAAUACCUUCGUAAUGAUGACUCUCUUCAACGAAUUUAAUGCCAGAAAAAUUCAUGGUCAGCGCAAUGUCUUCCAGGGAAUAUUCACCAACCCUAUAUUUUAUUCUAUUUGGAUUGGCACGUGUUUGUCGCAGGUGGUCAUCAUACAGUACGGUAAAAUGGCGUUCAGCACAAAAGCUCUUACGUUAGAACAAUGGAUGUGGUGCCUGUUCUUCGGAAUCGGGACGCUAUUGUGGGGCCAAGUAGUCACGACUAUUCCAACACGGAAGAUACCCAAAAUUCUCUCAUGGGGCCGCGGCCAGCCGGAUGAUAUCGGUGCUAUCAAUCUAGGAGACGAGAAAUUCGACCCCGACUCGGAUAAAAAGCCGCGAGCAGGACAAAUACUAUGGAUCCGUGGUCUAACACGGCUACAAACGCAGACGAGCAAUAGAACUCUGGUGCAGAAUGUAUCUGUGACAGGCAGAUCCCCCUCUCAGGAUUACUAUAUGGUGAUAGGUGGCGAGUUGCAGGAACGUUUGAUACCGGUACCCUACAGCAAGAGUUCGACAGACCAAGCUAUCCGCGUAGUGAACGCAUUUCGGCAGGGCCUAGACGCGCGCUACGGCGAGCAUAGCAGCAGCACAUUGGCGGAGGUAUUGAGAAAGCAGUCAUCCCUCAAUAAGCGGUUAUCACAGACGAGCAGUAUCGAGUAUGCAGACAACAUACCGGACGAGCUGACUAUACCAGAGAUCGACGUUGAAAGAUUGUCGAGUCAUAGUCAUACCGAAACAGCUGUGUAGAGUUAAAACCACUACCCACUACUAUCACAACCCCACCACCACCACCAACCACCACCACCAUCAUCACCACCACUACAAACAACAACAACAAUAAUAAUAACAACAACAACAACAACCGACAAAAACAACAAAACCCAACAAAAACAAAAGGCCCGUCAUCGUCGAUCGAUCGAAUGGAUCGAUCGAUCGAUCGAUCGAUGAUCAUCGGAUAUCGUCACAUCGUCAAAUCGGAUCAAGGAUUUGCUGUUUUUGUGAGAAGGACGAAAGAGAGAGAGAGAGAGAGAGAGAGAGAGAGAGGGAGAGAAAGAGAGAGAGAGAGAGAAUGAGAGAGAGAGAGAGAGAGAGAGAGAAGGAAGCAAAGAAAAAGGAAAAAAAAAAUGUCUCAGAUCCUCCUUAUCUCCUCCUCUUCUCCAAUUCUUCAGAAAAUUCUUCUACUCGUUAUAAUUGAUAAUCGUUGAAACAUCGCAACAAAGAAACGCGAACCUCCAAACGUUUCUCGCUUCAUAACGCAAUAAACCAACCCCUUAACCCU